GAUCAGACUAAAAAUGGACAGUAUAUAAGUAGGCGUACGUGACUCCUGCAUGCUAGGGUGCCAGCAGCUGUGCCAGCACAGUAAAGGAUUUUGAAUAUCAGUGUAAUCUUUGAACCAUGUUGACGCAGUCAGUACGCCGAGGUUUGCUGUUGUGCCAGCGAUGCCUGCUGGAUUCGUCGCUGCAUCGAGGCAAAGCCACUGCAGCCAAGGCAGCACCAGCUGUCAAGGCAUUUCACUAUCAGGACAUCAUGAAGCCUGAUACACAACUUGAUGUACCCUACAAACGGUUGACUGGGGACUUUGUGUCAACAUUUGAAAUUCAGGGCAGAAAGAUUCUCCAAGUUGCACCGGAAGCAUUGACGGCGUUAUCAUCACAAGCAAUGGUGGACAUUGCACACUUGCUCAGACCCAAACAUCUACAGCAAUUGAGUAGUAUCCUGGAUGAUCCUGAGGCAUCGAGUAAUGACAAAUUUGUAGCUCUGGAACUCCUCAAGAAUGCCAACAUUGCUGCUGGUAUGAUUCUACCAGGCUGCCAGGAUACAGGAACUGCAAUCAUUUUAGGCAAGAGGGGACAGAACGUGUGGACAGAUGAGAAAGAUGAAGAGCACUUAUCACGGGGCAUCUACAAUGCAUACACACAGACAAACUUACGCUACUCACAGGUAGCACCCCUGGACAUGUUCAAAGAGGUCAACACAGGCACCAACCUACCAGCCCAGGUAGAGCUGUAUGCCACGCCUGGCAAUGAGUACAACUUCCUAUUCAUUGCUAAGGGCGGCGGCUCAGCCAACAAGACGUUCCUGUACCAGCAGACCAAGGCCCUGCUCAACCCUGCCAAGUUGGCCAGCUUUGUGGAUGAGAAGAUCAAAACAAUUGGUACUGCUGCCUGCCCACCUUAUCAUCUGGCUUUUGUCAUUGGAGGACUAUCAGCAGAAAUGACCCUCAAGACAGUCAAACUGGCCUCCACCAAGUACCUAGACAACUUGCCAACAACAGGUAAUGAGCAUGGGAGAGCCUUUCGUGAUCUGGACAUGGAGCAGCAGGUGCUGGAUCUGUGUCGGAGUACAGGCAUCGGAGCUCAGUUUGGAGGCAAGUACUUCUGCCAUGAUGUCCGUGUUAUCAGGCUGCCUAGGCAUGGUGCCUCAUGCCCGGUGGGUAUGGGGGUAUCCUGCUCUGCCGAUAGACAGAUUCUUGGCAAAAUCAAUGAGGAGGGAGUAUUCCUAGAACAGCUGGAGACGGACCCUGGGAAGUACCUGCCUGAGAUACAACCAGGAGAUCUUGAAGCAGAUGUAGUCAAGGUUGAUCUGAAUCAGCCGAUGAGCCAGAUCCGUCAGGCUCUGUCAGCCUACCCAAUCAAGACGCGCCUCAGUCUGUCUGGAACGCUAGUAGUGGCUCGGGAUAUUGCUCAUGCUAAGCUACAGGAGAGGCUUGAUAGCGGGGAAGGUUUGCCUCAGUACAUCAAGGAUCAUCCAGUCUAUUAUGCAGGGCCUGCCAAGACACCUGAGGGUUAUGCUUCAGGUUCGUUUGGUCCGACCACAGCUGGUAGGAUGGACUCGUAUGUAGAUGCCUUCCAAGCUGCUGGUGGAUCUAUGGUCAUGCUAGCCAAGGGGAACAGGAGUAAGCAGGUGACCAAGGCAUGCAAGACACACGGUGGCUUCUACUUGGGCUCCAUUGGAGGUCCAGCGGCCAUCCUAGCUCAGAACUGCAUCAAGAAAGUGGAGGUGCUGGAGUAUCCAGAGCUGGGCAUGGAGGCUGUGUGGAGGGUGGAAGUAGAAGACUUCCCAGCAUUUGUUGUUGUUGAUGACAAAGGAAAUGACUUCUUCAAGGAGUGGCAGAUGGAUUGAAAAUGAACACGAUAGCUGAGCCAGCAAAGGUAGCUCUCUAGUGAAGGAUCUGUCAAAACGAGGAAUACAGGACUAAGAGGUGCUGCUGUUUAAAUAAAAAUCUUCUUUUUACCAUUCAGCAGUUGAUGACGAGUAUAAUAUAACCCAACCGUGCAAAAUGAAUUCGAAGUUGCCAGAGCUACUUUUGAACCACAGGCUCUUAAACAAAUCUUGCACAGUGGAAAAUCUGUGUUGUCAAUUUUGUUUGCAUACAGAUUGCCCAUUUUGCUCAAAAUGUCUAACCACAAUGUCUCAAGAUGGAGAGAUGAUAAUGCUCUUUCUCAUUUGGAAAAUAAGUAAGUAAAAAAAAAGUCCUUAAGAUGUAGACUUCUUUUUGUGGGAAUUGGGUCAAAUUUGGAUAAAUGAUUCAAUUUCGUUUUGAUUAUUCAUGAGAAGUGAGGACAAUGUUGCAGUUGAUCUGAAUACACAGAAACUCAGCAAUUUGUACUCAAUACUCACAUGGAAACCAAGUUUGCAGAAUUCACUCCAUUGGAUCCCAUUCAAUUUUCAAAAGUUUUGUGUCACAUGAUAUGCAGUAAACACUAAUACGUGUGCAGACAGUCGUGUUUUACUAUACUUCCGAGGACAAUGCCUUGUUUCCCAUUGUCCCUGUAUUAUAACACUCUCCCAUAGACCUAGCACACAAACUUACUACAGAGGACCAUUUAAAGCAUUUCUAACACUAAAGCAUCCCCCUCUAAAGCAUCCACAAACCACCUGAAGUUAAAAGUAUGUAGGAUCAUUUACAUUUCAUUCAGUUUUUGUUUAAAGCAACAAAAUUGCUCCGAACUUUAAAAAGGAUGCAUAACAGCUACAGUAUUAAACCAGUGGAAGUUUCAGAUCAGUGGAUACUAUGCAUUUUGAGAAAAUGGACAAAACGUAUAAAUGCACAAUUGUUUUGGUCUCGUCACUGGAUUCUGUUGCUAACACGGGUAGAAAUGCCCUAAUCCUAUUUUGAAAACACCUUCAAUGUUAGUUUUCUUCCAAAUGAUACCAUUUCAGGCAGAAUAAAUUCACAGAAUGUUUGAUACCAGUCCUAUCUUCACUUUGAGCAAGGUUUCUAUCACUAUACGUGUAGGUAGGUAUUUACUCAGGUAAUUGCAAAUAAUCUAAUGUGGCUUUGAGGAAAUCAAAUUGAAAACAGAUGAAGAAAACGAAACAAAAACAACGAGUGAUGAAACAUGUAAAGUUGAACUGUGUAUAUAGAAAUUUAUUUUACAGUGUAAAUGUAUUUAACAGAGAGUGUGGUAUCUAAUUGAUUGUAUAGACAGAAUGAAUUACAAUGUAGUCAUUUUUAUCCAAAAAGAUGGAUUGCAGACUUUUUACUUGAUAUCUUGUCUGAAAUUGUGUUUUUCCUUUCAGAUUUGCGGCAUUAUACAUGUAUCACAUUAAAACAUGUGAACUUUGUUUUUUGAAUGGCGUUUAAAAAAUGGCACUGCUUUGAAAUUAUGUACACGUACAUAUAUAAAGUCAAUACUUUACAGUAACAAGGCUCACAAUUUCGUGAGCAGUUUUUUUAAUUCUUCAUGGAAUUUUUAAUUAAAACUCACUGCUUUGUGAGUGCUUGGACAAUAGAACAGUUAUGAAAGAUUAAAAAACAAUAAAUGACAUACCUUCAGUUGCAGUA